CUGAAUAAUAAUACCUACCGUAAAAUCUUUGUUUACUUCUCGACUUGUCUCGUGGUACUGUUUUUGUUAUUGUGCGAAAAUAUAAGCGUUGUGAGCGUGUUAUUCUUCGAGGAAUAAAGUGUUAAACAUUACCAAUGUGAAAUUAAAGAUUAGGCAUGUUAUUAUGUAACUUUUAGAGUAUUUGGAAGAAUUAAAAUAGUACCUUGCCUUUGCCUCUAUUCGAUAACGAGUCAUUGUGGAGAGUCAAGUGUUUAUAUUUUUCAAUUCGUUGAUUUACGUAAUGCGGUUAAAUAAUGGAUGUUAUUUGUGAUAUCGUAAUAACUUUUACUUGUUAUUUUAAUGCUGAGACUUUUGCGAAAUAAAUAGUGAACUGCGACACGUGGGUCUUAGCGUGAAUUAAAAUCGAUAAAGGCGUGAGCGUGCGCCAGUCUAUCAACGAGACGAUUCUACGUCAAGGUCAUCCCACACAACACGUGCAAUGUCGGAUUCUAUUUACACGAAUGAUUUUCUUCUGGAACCUGGCAUGGAAAUAAAACAGGAAUUGCCAUACGAACUCGGUACAAUGUCAGCUUCUGUACCAAUUCCGCAGCGGCGCUCCGAGUUAUGCGACUUCACCACAGAUUUGGAUAUGUGCCUUCAGGAUAAUUUUGGAUCUUCUUUCCACAGCGUACCAACAAUGCAGUAUAAUAAGAUGGCUUUCGAAGGAGAUAAUACCAAAAUAGAACCAUUUAAAAUGGAAGAUGAUGAUAUUUUCCAAGUAGAUAAAGCUGAUUUGAUUUUAGGGCCGACUCUUGCCGAGUUAAACGCUAACCCAGAUACGUUAUUAGACGAUCUUAAUUUUGAUGACUUACUCUUGCCAGAAGAGAAUGGAUAUUGUAUUCAGAUCGGCGGAGCAAUGAGUGGCUCCCGUCGUGCCAUUAACACUUUACAGGCUUCUAAUCUAGCUCCUUCAGAGAGUCCAUCUAGUCCAUACAGUAGGACUCAACUUGCAUUUUCGCCAUCAAGCCAAUAUUCAUCUGCUUCAUCUAGCUUUGCUCAAACAAAUAAUCAGCUAUCAGAGUUACUGUUAAGGAUGGAUGGUUACAGCGGAGAGAUAGCACUCGGACAAUCCGUUCCUGCUUCAACAGUUCUGCCUCCAUUUACAUCUACAAUCAAACCUCAGCAGUCACAACUCUCAUCAUCAGCCCCUACUCAUCUUACUAUGGAACAGAUAUGGCAGCGCAGGGAGCCUCGCAAGCAUUUGCUUUCAACAAGCUCUUUAGCAGAGGCGGGAUCUGUUUCUUCUCUAUCAGGAAGUCUGCUCAGCCCCGGCGCUGGUGAUUUCUCUCAAGAUGAGGAAGACAAGGAUGCGGAAUCAGAUGAAGAUAGUGACAGAUAUGAGGAUUUUUCCUCUGAUGAAUCCAAUGAUGAGUGUUCAGAGAACAAACAUGCGCGCAGUUCUAAAAAAGAGAAAUACUUCUGGCAGUACAAUGUACAGGCUAAAGGUCCUAAAGGGCAACGUUUGAUCUUGAAGAAGAAAUCGGAAGACCCGCAUGUUCUAAAUUUAGUUACAGACCCUGUAUUUAGCCCAAGUUGCAGUGUCCGAGGCAUCAAACACAGUGGGAAAGCAAGAAAAGGUGAUGGCAACGAUCUAACUCCAAACCCGAAGAAGUUAUAUUUGAUUGGCCAUGAACUGGAUAAUUUGAGUAAAGUCAUUACUGAUAUGAUACCAGUUAGUGAGUUGCCGUUUAAUGUGAGGCCGAAGACAAGGAAGGAAAAGAACAAACUUGCUUCAAGGGCCUGCCGAUUAAAGAAGAAAGCACAACACGAAGCUAACAAGUUAAAACUGUAUGGGUUACAGAAAGAGCAUAAACGUCUUUUGAAUGGCAUAUCGCAAAUGAAGCAAAUAUUAAACAGUCGGAUUAAUAAUCCAGAAAACAACGUUGAUUGGUCGUCACAUAUCGCAAAUAUUGUGUCCACAGCUACAGAGGUUAAAAUAGCUGGGCAAACUUCAGAAUUCGUCAACAAAAUACUCGAUAACGUAAAGGCUGGCCAAAAUAACGGUGGCAUCAAUGACAUUUAAAAAGGAAGCUGAGAUAAUAGAAAAUAGUAAAACAAAAGGCUGUUCUAUGUACCUCCAAAGCUAUUUAGAGAAAAACUUUUUAUGUAUAUCAUAUGAAAACUGUCGGAGUUUUAUAUGAAUAGAGUUAGUCAUUAGAAGCUUCGCAAGGCAACUAAGGGGUAUGUUUAAUUCUCAUAUAUAUUAAUCAUAACUUAAUUUUAAUUUGGUAUCAGCACUAGUAAGUGAUAAGUUUAAAAAAAAAUCAUAUAGUUAUUAUACCAUUGGGAUUUUUAAGCUUAAAGCAUUUCGUAUUUUCGAUAUUACAAUCAUUGGGUAAUAAAAAAUAAUAAUAGAAUUU